CUUACGAAAUGACCAACGUUGUCACACUCCCCAUGUACAGUGUUGCCUGCUGCUCAAAUAAAAAAGUGUUCCCUUCCUGUCGCUGGCAAAAGCCAAAGGAUGAUUCAGCUCUUUUGGAAGUCCAUGUGAUGCCGAAACAUCCAUGCUGCUCCUCAACCUCUGGAUCCUAAGAGAUGGUGCCUUCAGCAUAACUCCUUCAGGACCACGAUCAGUGAUCAGCAACAGAUUAAACUCUUCCAACUUUCAGUGUGUCUGCAUUUUGCGGAUGUAUGCCUUUUUGUCCAGUGAUUUGCUCUCCGUGGGAAUAUAGAAGGGUACAUCCGGGCUAGUUGGAGAUGGUACAGAGAUGCCAGACCUGCCAGGCUGCUGCGCUGUGAGACAUCCAUGCUCCACUCUGUUCUCAGCCUGUUGGAAUGUUACAGACCUUUUUCUCUCUCUCUCUCUCUCUUGCUCUCUCUCUCCCACCAGCUGUAGCAACAGCAGCAGCUGAGAGGCAUAAUCACCCCUAUUUGCUGUACAGAUCACAGCUCGACAUGGAGAUAACCCACUGCUUUAUUUAAGUUUUCCAGACUGUUGGGACAGUGAUGUGUAGUACUAUGAGUCUGCUGGGCUGCCCAGGGGGUGGUAGACCCUCUCUGGUACUCCUGCUUCUCCUGCUGUGCUGUCCUGCUGUUCACCCCCGCACGAGGUCCCUUCGCCCCAUCGAGACCCACAAACAUGCCUCCAAGCACCAGAACAUCACACUGGCCGUAAUCCUUCCCCAGCACAACACAUCCUACCCCUGGGCCUGGCCGCGCGUGGGGCCCGCCUUGGCCCGCGCCAUAGCCCUCGUCAACGCCGACCCCUCGCUCCUCCCCAGCUACACUCUGCGUCACGUCUUCGAGAACAGCGAGAACGCCGACGGCAUCUGCUCCGAGUCCAUUGCCCCGCUCAUGGCUGUGGACCUAAAGUUCGCCCAUGAGCCGUGGGCCUUCCUUGGCCCAGGCUGUGACUACACUUCCUCACCCGUGGGGCUCUUCACCACCCACUGGGGCCUCCCCAUGAUCACAGCAGGGGCCCCCGCCGUAGGCUUCCUUCGUGCUGAGGUCUACACCUCCAUCACCAACACGGGCCCCACACACAAGAAAUUGGGCGAGUUCACGCUGCAAGUGUGUAAACACUUUGGCUGGAGCCGGCACAUCCUGCUGAUGUUUAGCGACAGCAAGAUGGGUGAGCGUGUCUGUUACUUUGCCAUCGAGGGCCUAUACACAGAGCUGCAUGAGGCCAAUAUCACCACCGCGGAGUUUGUGUUCGAGGAGGACAGCAGACCUGUCAACUACACCGAGCACCUGCACAAGAUAAAAGAGGAAGGCAGAGUGGUAUUUGUGUGCUGUCCUCCUGAUAUAUUCCGGCAGUUCAUGGUGCACUUCCGGAAGGUGGGCCUCCCUCAGAAGGAGUUUGUCUUUAUCUACAUUGAUGUUUUUGGACACACGGUGGCGUCCCAGCCUGCCCAGCCCUGGGCACGGGGAGACGCUGACGACGCCUUCGCCAGAGAGGCCUUCCAGAGUGUGAAGAUUCUGACCUACAGAGAGCCAGAGAAUCCAGAAUACAAAGACUUCGUCAGUGAUUUGAAAGCUGACGCAAAGAUGAUGUUCAACUUCACAGUGGAGGACUCCCUGAUGAACAUAAUCCCCGGAGGCUUCUAUGAUGGCCUCAUGCUGUAUGUUCACGCGCUGAAUGAGAGCUUAGCGGAGAGCCAGGGCCAACCCUCAAGAGAGAGCAUCACCAAGAGGAUGUGGAACCGAACUACUACGGGGGUGACGGGUCUUGUGCAGAUAGACGAGAAUGGAGACAGAGAGACAGACUUUGCCCUGUGGGACAUGAACGAUACCACCACCGGCAUUUUUCAGAUUGUGGCGGUGUAUAAUGGUACACAGAAGCGGAUGGAGACUCUGCCCAACAUGGCCUUCCACUGGCCAGGGGGCGACGUCCCCCCAGACAUGCCGUUCUGUGGCUUCAAGAACGAUAACCCCGAAUGUACUGCAUGGACCAUCACAAUGCUUCAGAUGGUUUCUAUUGUAGUGUUCUUCAUCCUCGUCAUCAUUUUCACCAUCACCGUCUUCAUAUACAGGAAGCUGAAGUUGGAGAAGGAGCUGGCUGCUCAGCUCUGGAGGAUCUGCUGGGAGGACAUGCAGAUGAGUAAUCUGGAGAAGGUCCUGCGCAGUGCGGGCAGUAAGCUCACGCUCUCUCUGCGGGGCUCCAACUACGGCUCUUUGCUCACUGCCGACGGCAACUUCCAGGUGUUUGCUAAGACCGCCUACUUUAAGGGAAAUAUUGUGGCUAUCAAAUAUAUCAACAGGAAGCGCAUUGAACUGACCAGGAAAAUGCUGUUUGAACUGAAGCAUAUGAGGGAUGUGCAGAAUGAUCAUUUGACCCGCUUUAUUGGAGCGUGCAUUGACCCGCCCAACAUCUGCAUCGUCACAGAGUACUGUCCGCGGGGCAGCCUGCAGGAUAUUCUAGAGAAUGAGAGCAUCACAUUGGAUUGGAUGUUCAAAUAUUCUUUAAUCAAUGACAUUGUGAAGGGUAUGGCCUUCCUCCACAACAGCGUCAUUGUGUCCCAUGGCAACCUGAAGUCCUCCAACUGUGUGGUGGACAAUCGCUUCGUGUUGAAGAUCACGGACUACGGGCUGUCCAGCUUCAGAUCCGAGUCGGAGCCCGAGGACGGUCACGCCUAUUACGCCCGGAAGCUGUGGAUGGCCCCGGAGCUGCUGCGGAUGGGCAGCCCACCAGCCGGUGGCACGCAGAAAGGAGACGUCUACAGCUUCGGCAUCAUCCUCCAGGAGGUGGCGCUGCGCAGAGGAGUGUUCUACAUGGAAGGGGAUUCGCUCAGCCCUAAAGAGAUAGCAGACCGCGUGGCCCUGGGUGAGUGGCCGUACGUGCGGCCGGCCGUUAACCCCCAGCUGCACAGCGAGGAGCUGGGUCUCCUCAUGCAGCGCUGCUGGGCCGAGGAGCCCGUCGAGAGGCCCGAGUUCAGCCAGGUUAAAGUCCUCCUGCGCAAGCAGAACAGGGAACACAGUAGGGACAUCCUGGACAACUUGCUUUCUCGUAUGGAACAAUAUGCUAACAACCUGGAGGAGCUGGUGGAGGAGAGGACGCAGGCUUACCUGGAGGAGAAGCGCAAAGCAGAGGCCCUGCUCUACCAGAUACUCCCCCACUCAGUAGCAGAGCAGCUGAAGAGGGGGGAGACAGUGCAGGCCGAGGCCUUCGACUCUGUCACCAUCUACUUCAGCGACAUCGUGGGCUUUACUGCGCUGUCUGCAGAGAGCACCCCCAUGCAGGUUGUGGCCCUCCUCAAUGACCUCUACACUUGUUUUGAUGCCAUUAUAGACAACUUUGAUGUUUACAAGGUGGAAACAAUUGGCGAUGCGUACAUGGUUGUGUCUGGUUUGCCAGUGCCUAACGGGAAGCUGCACGCACGCGAGAUCGCUCGCAUGUCCCUGGCUCUGCUGGAGGCUGUCCGGACCUUUAAGAUCCGCCACCGACCCGACCAGCAGCUCAAACUGCGCAUCGGUAUCCACACUGGCCCUGUAUGUGCUGGUGUGGUAGGGCUAAAGAUGCCACGGUAUUGCUUAUUUGGAGAUACAGUGAACACAUCAUCACGCAUGGAGUCCAACGGUGAACCCCUGAAGAUCCACGUGUCAUCAGCCACACGUGACGUGCUGCAGGAGUUUAACUGCUUUCAGCUGGAACUGAGAGGAGACGUGGAGAUGAAGGGCAAGGGUAAGAUGAGGACCUACUGGCUGUUGGGAGAGAGCACAGACAGGGAGGCGGUUCUCCCUCCUCAUGCUAACCAGCAUUAGGGCACCCACAAGAGGAGCGGCACAGCUGCCAGGAACGCUGUCCUCCUUUGCACGGGGCUUCAUGUUGCAUUCCAGCACACCGCAUCGCUGUAGCUGAACUCUGGCUGUUGUGUUGAUGGACGUCACAACAUUUUGUAUGCCGUGACGCCACCCCUCCUUGGCCACUGUCACUUUUGCUGUUGUAAAUGCAUACAGAAGAGGAGGCCAUGUUUGGGUUUAAAUGUAAUCCCAUUAAAUAUGUAAUCCCAUUGUUUUAAAAAUCAUAGACUCAUGCCAUAAUAUUUAUGUAAUCCCAUUUUCCUGAGGUGUUUUAGAGGAUAGGUGACGCCUAAAGCCAACUGAGCCUGUUAACUGAUAUGACUGGGAUGUAGAGGUAAUGCCAGAGUUGUCCUCAGUAGUUGUACAAGAACCUAAUUCAACUUUGUGAAAUCACAAAUUAUGUUAAUUUACAGCAUCUUCUAUAUAGAGUUGUAUUACACCAGAGCAGUCUGAUUACAGAGACCAUUUUUUAAUCUGAUCUCUGCCAUGUGAUGCACUUGGGUAAAUUUGUACUCAGUCUUGACACAGGCUUGAACAGUGUGGACUUGAAACUUCUUUCUGAUAUCAGCCAAGACCUUAAAUGAUCUGAUCCGUGACCAAACAAAAAUAUCAUAAAACAUGUUGCCACUGUGAUGGUAGUCAUAACUUCAGGGUACUGAGGAUGUUUCCAAAGUAGUUUUUGCUUUUUUACCCAUUGAAUAUUGGGCACAUAAAUGAACUUUCCUCAUACUUUUAUAUUGUCAUGUCCCUCCAAAUGAUAAAUCAGUGUCUUGCCAAUGAUUUUCCCCUAACAAGCCAGAAUGAUUUCAGUAAAAAUGAGGUUUCAUUAGUUCACGACAAAUAAGCCCAUUUACUUGUUUUAAUAAUUGCUAUUGAUCUUGUAGUACCAAGUUAUGAAAGUGUAGCAAGCUAAUUUUCAGUAUGCACUGUGGGAUAUGGUAACUACAGUUAAUGUCACUAAAAGCCUUUGGCUAAUGCAAAGGUUAAUUUUGUUUGUUUGGCAUGAUGCAUCUAUGCACCACAAAUCAAGAAAAAAGGACCCCCCCCCCCCCACCACCAAGUACUA